AUGAUGUCCAAGAAACAAUUAGCAUGUAUGCUGGCGUUACACAUCAUGUAUCUUCUGGUGGGAGCUAGCAUCUUCUACCAUAUAGAGAGUCCUUUAGAACUCGCUCAAAGAGCCGAAGACAAACUGGAAAGGGUUGAAAUCCAAAAUCUUCUCUACGAAAACUACAUUCCAAAUGAUGCCACAAUGCAAGAAGUUAUAUUGAAGAAGUUAUCAGACUACUGCGGAAAAAACAUUUAUAACUACACCACUGAAGACGCCGAGCCGCCUAUCAAGUGGGACUUCUAUCAUUCCUUCUUCUUUUCUUACACUGUAGUUAGUACUAUAGGUUACGGAAAUCUAGCACCAACCACUCAUCUGUCGAGAAUCCUGAUGAUAUUCUACGGCCUUUUCGGGAUACCCAUCAACGGUAUUCUGCUCGCGAACCUUGGUGAAUAUUUUGGAUUGCAGCUCAUCAGAGUCUAUCGCAAAUACAAGAGACAAAGCGCAAAAAGAGCGGAUAACCUUAACUACUUUUUCAACAACCUCGGCAUGCUGGGCCAGAUCUUCCUCUACCUCGUACCAGGAUUCUUGUUCUUCAUCUUUUUGCCUGCCUGCAUCUUCGUGGUAUUCGAAGGAUGGGAUUAUGUUGCUGCCAUUUAUUAUGCUUUUGUCACUUUGACUACUAUUGGCUUUGGGGAUAUAGUUGCAGGCACUGUGAACAAUGGCUUCAAAUACGGAUACUUCUUUACUUAUCAAAUAUUCCUCAUCGUUUGGAUUACCUUCGGGCUAGGCUAUAUCGUCAUGUUACUCGGCUUCAUUACCAGCGGCAUGAGAUCUAAAGGUGUACAUAGACUGGAGAAGAAAAUUGCCAGUCAGUUUAAAAAUACGCAAAACAGGAUCUUACAAGGAUUUACAAAAGAUAUUUCUGUUAUUAGAAAAAUUAUUAAUGAAGCUAACUUAAUUAAAAUCAAACCUGUGUACGUCGACACCACACCACAACUCUACAAGAGCGCCAGUUGUCCCAACUUUACAUUUGAUAUCGAACCAAGAGGUCCAAUCGUAGGACGAAAACGAGCCAAUUCCGAAAAUAUCCAUCUCUUUGCCAAAGAAAUGUUACGCAUACAAUCUGAUACAGACCUACUUGGUAUAGACAAAGAAAAAACAUUUACUGCUUCAGCUUUGGUGAAACCAGCAGAACUUUUAGCAAGAGUUGUAAAUGUACUUGGAGGACUGGAACCCCCGCCUGGACCACCAGAAAAAGGAAUUCAUAUGUUUGACGAUGUUCAAAUAUUAGCUAGUGAAAAUCCACCAGUAUUUACUAUAGGCAAUGAAAUGAUAACUAACUCACCUAAGAGAAAUAGAGCGCUUAGCGUGGCUGUGCCUAAUUAUAGAAAACCAUCAGUCACUAAACUUGAUCACAAUGUCACCUGGACAAAUGGAGACUCGCCUGAAAAAUAUGUUAGCAAUGAACACCGAAGUGGAAAAUUAUCGCUACCUUGUAAUUUUAUUCCAGAAGAAAUGCGAGAGCAGCCUAAACCUACUAGCUGGUCAAAAGUAACCAAACUAUUCACAAAAAAAUCUAGUACGGCAGACAAUCCUGCUGCAUACCUAAAGAAUACAAUGAAAGGUAGAGUAAGUGUAGCUCAAGAAAAUAACGAAAAUGUUAAUGAAAAACCUAAAAGGCGGGGUAGUAUCUUCCCCACAUUUGGUUUUGGUCAACAUGAAGAAAAAAGUGAAGCAGAUGCAUAUAAAGAAAAGACAAAACGUGGUAGACAUAGUAUAUUUCCGACGUUUGAUUUCAACCAAGACGACGACGAGGAAGAAAAUAUUUCAAAAGCAUACAAAGAAAAAACAAAACGUGGUCGUCACAGUAUUUUUCCCACUUUCGAUUUCUCCGAAGAUGAAGAUGCAGCGGCAAUCAAAGCUUAUCAACAGAAAACAAAAAGACACAGUAUAUUCCCUACAUUCGACUUCAGUGAAGAUGAAGAAGAUGAGGCUGCUUCUAGAGCAUACAGAGAAAAAACCAGAAGUGGCCGACGAAGUAUAUUCCCUAGUUUCGAUUUUAGUGAGCCUGAAGAAGACAUUGCUAAACGCUAUAAAGAAAAUACCAAGAGAGGUAGACAUAGCAUAUUCCCAACAUUUGAUUUUACUGAAAACAAGGAAGACGAUGACGAUGAUGUAAUAGAUGAAGAAGAAUUACAGCGCUAUCAAAAUCGAACAAAGAAAGGACGCCUGAGUUUAUUCCCAACCUUUGGGAAAUCUAAAAAACAUGACCAAGAUUCUGUUAUGCCAGAAUCUUCCGAGGAAUUAGAUAAUUACAAAAGUAAAACAAAACGUGGACGUGGCAGCCUUUUCCCGUCAUUUGGAAAGGAUCGCAAAAGUUCUUCGGCUCAUGAUGAUGUCGGUGAUCUCGAAGCUAGUAUUAGACAAUACCAAAACCAAACAAAGAAAGGCCGUGGUAGCUUAUUUACAGAAGACAGUAACUUUGAUGCUGACCUAGAAAGUUAUAGGAACAAGACGAAACGUGGUAGAGGAAGUUUGUUCGAUCCGGAUGUUCAUAUAGAAAAUUUGCCUGAAACUGAACAAGUAGAAGUAUUAGAACAAACGAGCGUGGCUGAUUUAAUUCGAGCUUUGACUGUAUUAGAAACCGCAGGUCAAGGUCACGGUGGUGCAACACCUAGUUUGUUAGGCUUGUUAGCUGGGGCUACUUCAACUCCAGCUCCAGCUCACCCUCCUUCUAAACGACGCGGUUCUCUUAGACCAGAUUUCAUAUUGCCACCAAUUCCUGCACGUAAAGUCGAUAAUACACCAAGUAAAGCUGAAACUUCUAGUAAAACGGAAAAUCUUCAUACAAUUCCUGAUGUGGCUCCUAGUAUAUUACCUACAACUGUUGAAAAUGACGGAAAAGCGACGCCGGAAAUGCAGCCCAGAAGAAGAAGAAUAUCAGCACGAGCUGCAACUCCUCAAUUCACUCCAACUCUCCCUACCGUUACAGCUGGGGCAGAGUUACAAAUUAGUACUGCUACAGCGGCGAGACAAAAUCGAAUGUCUAUGAUACAUGCCCCACCUCCGUAUUCAGAAACUGAAGAGCCUUCACAACCUAGAGUAAGAAGAUAUUCGCCAGCACCAGGCGACCAUGGCAGACCUAGUACAGGUCCGGUGCCUAGACUGUUUUCACGUAUGCGAAGAGAUAGUCCCAAUAAUACGAGCAGUGGUGAAGAAAGAAAUUCCCGAACAGGGAGCUUAACGGAAGUAGUGAUAGACAAUGGUAAAGACCAAACGUAAUAUAAUGCCUUUUUAGUACAAUUUAAGACAAACUAUUUAUUUUACAACUAUAUUAAUAGGACUUUUAAUGUAAUUGUAAUUAUAAGCCG